CCCCCGCACCCUCCCGCCGCGUCACGUGAGAGUGACCACGUGACGCCCCUUGUGGAGCGUGGCGUGAGUUCGCGGUGUCUGUGUGCUGGCGACGGACCUCAGGUCAAAUCAUCGGCACAUUGAGUCUUCGAUUACUUAGCUCGCUCAUCUCCCCGCAUCGUCACUCUUAGUCGAACGUCGUCGUCUCUCUCCCGAGGACGCGAGGAGAACGCAGAGAUGAACCUCACGUCGGCAGCCGGAGUAAUAUCUUUGCUGGAUGAAGAUGAGCCUCAGCUAAAGGAGUUUGCGCUGCAAAAGUUGAACACACUUGUUGAUGACUUUUGGGCGGAAAUCUCCGAGUAUGUGGAUAAAAUCGAGGUGCUGUACGAGGACGAGAACUUUCCCAGCCGCCACUUUGCCGCGCUGGUUGCCUCCAAGGUGUUCUACCACCUGGGCGCCUUCGAGGAGUCCCUAAACUACGCGCUCGGCGCCGGGGACCUCUUCAACGUCAACGACACCUCCGAGUAUGUCGAGACGACCAUCGCAAAGUGCAUCGACCACUACACGAAGCUUCGCGUGGAGAAUGCGGAUCUUCCCGAGGGCGACGGUCGUCCCAUCGACCCGCGUCUCGAGGGCAUCGUGGACAAGAUGUUCCAACGUUGCUUCGACGACCACAAGUACAAGCAGGCCAUCGGCAUCGCCCUGGAGACCCGCCGCCUGGACAUCUUCGAGAGGGCCAUUUUGCAGGCCACCGACGUUGCCGGCAUGCUGUCGUACAGCGUCAAGAUCUGCAUGUCGCUCAUCCAGAACAAACAGUUCAGAAACGAGGUGCUCCGGGUCUUGGUCAAGCUCUACAUGAACCUUGAGCAGCCAGACUUCAUCAACGUCUGCCAGUGCCUCAUCUUCCUGGACGACCCGCAGGCAGUGAGCGACAUCCUCGACAAGAUGGUGAAGGAGGACAACGUGCUCAUGGCUUACCAGAUCUGCUUCGACCUCUACGAGAGCGCCAGCCAGCAGUUCCUGACGGCCAUCGCGCAGAACCUGCGAGCCCUGGGACCCACGCUGCUCGCGACCACGCCGGGCUCUUGCAACGCGGGCACCGUCCCCGCCGCUACCGCUGCCGACACCACCACAGCCUCCGGCAACGGCACCAGCAGCGCAGUUGCCUCCACGGAGGGGGAAAUAGAGGCCAUGGAAACAGAUGAAAAGCCACCCACGACACCGACUCCUCCAAAACAAUCAGAAUUGUCGUCGGAACAGGUGGAGCGAACGAAGAAGAUGAUUUCCAUCCUGAGCGGAGAACUGUCCAUAGAACUGAAUCUCCAGUUCCUGAUACGAAAUAACAACACAGAUCUGAUGAUCCUAAAAAACACAAAGGACGCGGUGAGGAACUCUGUGUGUCACACCGCUACCGUCAUCGCCAACUCCUUCAUGCACUGCGGCACGACCAGUGAUCAGUUCCUCAGAGACAACUUGGAGUGGCUGGCACGGGCGACCAACUGGGCCAAGUUCACAGCUACCGCUAGCCUCGGUGUCAUCCACAAGGGGCACGAGAAGGAGGCGCUGCAGCUCAUGGCUACGUACCUGCCCAAGGACUCGUCGCCGGGCUCGGCGUAUCAGGAGGGCGGCGGGCUCUACGCGCUUGGACUGAUCCAUGCCAACCACGGGGGCGAGAUCACCGAGUACCUGCUGAAUCAACUCAAGAACGCCAACAGUGAUGUAAGCAGCUGUCCAAAGGCGCCACUGCCGGGCGGAUGA